AUGGUUGCAAACGACAACUCCCUCCCUCUAUGUCAACGGCAUGAAGAUAGCCAAGUUUCUACCACCAAAGACAUGAGGUAUACCUCAGUCAACAAGGCCCAAGCUGUGGAGAAACGGCAAUUCUUUAUCUUUGGUCACAAUAUUUCACAUUCUUUGUCACCAACAUUGCACAAUGCUGGGUUCCAAGAGCUUGGCCUUCCACAUCACUACCAGAUCCACGAGACUGAAAACGUUGAUCAGUCAGUGGAGCGAAUUAUCAACAGCCCAGACUUUGGUGGUGCAUCGGUCACGUUCCCUCACAAGUUGCAAAUUAGCAAACUCUUGCAUUCUGUCUCAGAACAGGGAAAUAAUAUUGAUGCUAUAAACACUGUCGUUGUUAAAGAGAAGGACGGACAGCGACUCCUCCAUGGCGAUAACACGGAUUGGAUCGGCAUCAGAAGAUGCAUCCUCAAGUCCGGAAGUCAAGAUUUCACAUCAUCAUCGGCACUAGUGCUUGGAGCUGGAGGUGCUGCUAGAGCAGCUUGCUACGCUAUCAAGACACUUGGGUUUCGUGAACUCAUUGUUGUCAACAGGACGUUGUCCAAGGCCGAGGAGUUAGCAUCAAAAUUCUCGGAACUAAAGACCCGUGCCGUCACCUCACUCGAGGAAGCUGAGAAAACGGGAAAUGCAGAUAUUGGCCUCAUCGUGGCGUGUAUACCUGCUGAUGAUCUUGGAGAAGACAAGGUUCCCAGUGGGCUUUUCUCAAAGUCUAGGCAAGGGGUGUUAGUAGAGAUGGCGUAUAGACCCCAAGUAACGGGAAUGAUGACGGUAGCCCAGCGAAACCCAGGGUGGAAGGUGUAUCGGGGAGUUGACGUCUUGGAAGAGCAGGCCUAUGCGCAAUUUGAACUGUGGACAGGAAAGCAAGCUCCUAUAAAGGCGAUGCGGAGUGCAAUGCAGGUGAGGGUGGCAAGUGCUUAA